AUGUCAAAGCUCAGGUCCCCCGGGGUCAGAGGUCACGGCACUGAAGGCGCUGCAGAGGUGACGGCCACAGGAAGAGGCCCGGAGCUGACCCUGGAACGCAGAAGGGACCCUGAGGUCAUCCAGUCCAACCCGCUACGAGGAGCCCAAACAGCAGUCCCCUCUCAUAGCAUCCUGAAAAAGCCAGUGCUCAAGGUGUCCAGGAUGCAGUUUUUCCGAUAG